CCGCUAAGGGAUAGAUUAGGUAAUAACUUCCUACCGGAUUUGUAUAGUGAUUGAAUCACUAUCCCAAUGCACAAUUAGCAUUGUGACCCCGAUUCUCAUCAAACACAAUCUCAUCAAACACAAUCUAUGUAUGAGUACAUAGAUGUAUUAACGAUCAUUACCAAGGGGUAAUAAUCGUUAAUACAUAUAUGUACACAUAGGUAUAUGCAGAGUCAUAUAUGUAUUCCGGUCAGUGAUAGUUUAAUACCAAUUGUGUUUGAUCUGAAUCGAGAUCACCAUUAUUCCCAUGGACGUGGUCAUCAUGCUACCAUCGUCUCAUUCUCAUUACCGAUUUACUGGACAUCUCUCCAAUUCCAUGCGUUAUAAUAUGCAAAGCAAGGAAGCAAUGUAAUGAAUCACACAAUCAGACUGAUCUAGAUUUAUUUUGAUAAACAGAUUACACUAAUAAAUAUUUAUUUAAUACCAGUUUUCUAAGAGUGUCGAUAAGCAACGUAUCAGCCAGCGUUGUUCGCGUAUUGAAAAUUAUGCCAUGAGAUGUGCAGUCAGAGCCGGAUUCUGUUACUGCAAUUGUUCUGCGAUAAUGUUCAUUAAGUUUCGCCAUAAUUCACGAUACGAUACAAUGCUAAACAUAAAUGGGUAUGAAUACAAUGACCGCGGACGCCGUGGGGACAUUAACACUGUAGGAUGUGGGGAAGAAAGGGUUAAUAUAACAAGAUGAGGACAUCGAAUAACCGUGGGGACAUUGUCCCUCUGUCCCCACGCACUGGACGUCUGUCCUGUACAAUAAAUAUGUACAGUGCCAUUAAAACUGGAUUGAUUUAUUCAAGUGUCCUUAUCGCCAUGUCGUCCACCAAGUAUACUCGUCUCAUCGUCAAGAACCUUCCCGAGGGGGCGACGGAACCCAAACUUCGUGACCUUUUCGCCUCCAAAGGGACCGUGACGGAUGUUCAACUGAAGCGUUUCAAUGACGGGAAAUCUCGUCAUUUUGCCUUCGUCGGUUAUCGAACGGAGGAGGAGGCAAGUGCGGCAAGAGACUAUUUCGAUAAGUCGUUCUUCGGUGGGGGCAAGAUGCAGGUGGAGCCCUGUUACCCGUUAAAUGAUCCCAAUAAACCAAAGGCUUGGAGUAAACACAGCAAAAAAGCGGAAGAACCUCAGCCCACCAAGAAGAAGAAGAAGAAAGAAAAAGAUGAAAGUGACGACGACGACGCCAACGCCAACGCCACCGCCGCCAACGCCACCGCCGCCGCCGCCGACGACGACGAUGAAACUGCCCCCAAAAAGAUUAAACGGAGGGAGGAAGAACUUUACGAAAAGGCGCAGGCUGACCCCGAUUUUCUCGAGUUUUUACAAGUCCACAACUCCAAGAGUCAAGCAAAAUGGGGGAACGACACGGUGCUCGACACCCUGGAAAAAAUGGUGUUGACCUCGGGCAAGAAGAAAGAUAAGGAGGAGAUUGUCGAUAAGAAGAAGAGUGAAGGUAAGCCAAAGACGAAGAAGGAAGAAGUCAAGAAGGCGAAAGGUGUCAUACCGGAAGACACUUUUUUCACCGUGAAGCUUCGAAAUUUACCGAAAAAGGCGAAAAAGAAGGAUUUGAAAGCGUUCUUUGCUCCCUUGGUGCCAAAGUCGAUAAGGACUCCUCCCGGUCUUCGUGGGUUUGCCUAUGUCGGAUUCCUCACGGAGAAUGAGCGGCGGAAAGCUCUAGCCAAGAAUCGCAGUAUCCUCCUCGGUCAACAGAUCACUGUUCGGACCUACGUCUCCCGAGCGGGGGUCGUGGGGGCAGAAAUGGGUGAGCGGAAAGGGCGCUGGGCAGGACAAGCGGCCGAGUUGGAGCGCUCUGCUGAAGGGGUGGAAGAAUCUGGGCGAAUCUUCGUCCGUAAUUUGGCCUACACGGUGAAUGAGGCUGAUUUAAAGAUGGAAUUUGAAAAGUUCGGCCCUGUGACGGAAGUUCACCUUCCCGUGGAUCGGCUCACCCGACAAAGCAAAGGAUUCGCCUUUGUAUCCUUCCUCCUUCCGGAACAAGCCGCAAAGGCGUUUGAGGCUUUGGAUGGGACGACGUUUCAAGGACGGAUGCUUCAUCUGCUCCCCUCCAAGAGCAAGGACGACGACGAGGCUGGCGGUGGCGGUGUGGGUGGCUCCUCUUACAAAAGGGAGAAGGAGGCUAGUCGCAAAAAGACGGCAGGUUCUUCGCACAACUGGAAUUCUCUCUUCCUCGGAAUGAACGCCGUGUCGGCCGUAGUUUCUGAAAAGUAUGGCGUUUCCCGAGAACAGCUCCUGCUCGACAAUUCCGACGCGAAGGACGAGCACUCCUCCAGUGUCGCCGUUCGGAUGGCAUUGGCCGAAACGGAAAUCGUGUCCGCGACCCAGAAGUUUCUCGAAGCGAACGGCGUCUGUCUGGAUGCGUUCGAUGCGUCCCUCGGACUCAAGUUGGAACGCAGCACGACAACGUUUUUGGUCAAAAAUUUGGUCGCAAACACGACCGAGGACGAGUUGCGGUUGUUGUUCGAGAAAAGCGGCGUUCUCGGGAGGGUUGUCCUUCCGCCCAGCGGAGUUACCGCGAUUGUGGAAUUCAUGGUGCCGUCCGAGGCGAGGGGGGCGUUCAAGAAAUUGGCGUACUCGAGAUUCAAGGGGAUGCCGCUCUACUUGGAAUGGGCUCCCGUCAACGUCUUCCGCGUGGCGUCGGACGGGUCCAAAAUCUCCGUCAGGAGAGAAGAAGUAGUCGAAGAGAAGACACAGCCAACUGCGGACAAGAAGACGACGAAACUGGCAGAAAGGGAGUUGCCCAAUUAUGACGACGAUGACGAACCAUUCGACGAGAACAUGGUGCCUGAACCGGAAACGACCGUUUUCGUUAAAAAUCUGAACUUUUCUACGGGAGAAACGGAACUGAAAAAGCACUUUGCCUCCGUGGGACGAAUCUUUGCCGUGACGGUGGCACGGAGGAAGGAUCCCAAGAGUCCCGACCAGCUUUUGUCGCAAGGCUUCGGCUUUGUCCAGUUCUAUCGGGCGAAGGAUGCCGCCAAGGCUUUAACCACUCUCAACCAAAGCAUGCUACAAAAUCAUUCCUUAGAAAUCAAAAUGUCGAGCAGGACUUUGCAAUCUGAAAAUGCUGCUGCAAAUGCGAAAACGACGGACAGAAAGUGCUCCAAAAUCCUCGUGCGAAACGUCCCAUUCCAAGCGAACGAGGCAGAAAUCACGGAUCUAUUCAAGGUGUUCGGAAAAUUGAAGGCGGUUCGAAUGCCACGAAAAGCCACAGGGGAAAGCCAACAUCGCGGAUUUGCCUUUAUCGACUUCUUCGUCGAGGCGAACGCCAAGACUGCAUUCGACACGUUGAGCAAGUCGACGCACGUGUACGGCCGUCGCCUGGUGUUGGAGUGGGCGGAAGGGGACGCGUCGCUGGAGGAGCUGCGGAACAAGGUGGCCCGACAGCAGGCCACGUCCUCCUCCUCCUCGCACCACAAGGACAACUCCACCAAGAAGCAGCUCCGGAGGUACUUCGAGAAGGAGGAGGGCACCAAAAGUGGUCGGGGGGAUGAAGAAAAAGGGGACGACGACUAGUUUAAUCAACGGUUUAAUCACUAAUUGCAAGGAUAAGGUUCAAUCUCAAUUAGUAAAAUAGUUUGUAAAAUGACCUCGCGAUAAGUGAGUUAUUGGCCAAUUUGAUAAUUAAGUAGACGAAAUUAUGUAUCUAUUCGGUGCAAUUAGUAAAUCUUUUAACUUAUCUGAUACAUGUAAAAGUAACUGUUGAAUUAAGGAUUAAAUUAGCUGGACUUGAUAAGAUGAAAGUUUGUAAGAUAAUCGAUAUUUUUAAAACUUAUGAGUAAUUAAGUCGAGUUGUGUAAUAUAAAAUAUUUAAAUGACGAUAGAUUCGAAUAAACUUGCAAAUGUUACGGAUAAGGGUUGAAUAAAGGUUCGACUUGAUAAGUGUAAGUAAGAUUAUCGAUAUUUGCUAAAAGUUGUUAUAUGUAUUUUGAGAAGUAAUUAUUUCUAGUUGUGUAAUACGUAUUACCACCACGGUAAAAAAUCGAAUAAACUUGGAUAACACGAAUUUGUAAAGGUUUCAA